CACGCCUCCAGGCUGCUCGGAGCCUCUGACGGAGAUCCGGCCUGGUCACAUGGCUUAUUCGCUCUAAAGUCCGCGACUACGGGAAUCCGCUGCGAUAUGACUGCGAUAUGACUAGAAUAUGGCCGGGAAAGACGACCUUUGGCGUGCUGAAGUGGUUGGUACAUGAGAGAGUACUUGCAACAGUCCCUUCACAACCGAGGUCACUUAUUUUCUGGUAAGUAGAGCAGGGAGGAGAGCGAGGGAAGAGUGCUUAGCGCCACUGAUAAUUAAGGGGAACGUUGUUGAAGAGAACAAUCAAGGUUCAUCGAAGCAAUUACGUAAGGCAUGCCCACGACAUCCGCCGCGAUUACAGACUUGACUUCUUAGUACGCCUCGAUUUCGACAUUCGUGCUUUCCGGAUUCAUGGCGGGCCUUAUUUCCCCCAGGCCUCUUUCGUACAUGCACAAUAGCAUGCAAUACAACCCUUACCAUCGCGCGGGGAUAAUUGGUUAUGGCGAAGCUCAAGGCAAUGUCGUCGCUCCUUUGGCAAUCACACCCGACCAGUCCAAUCUUGGGCCUUACGCUGACGGUGCUCAAGCUGCAGCCAACCUUGCCGUUCACGAAGAACAGAAGAUCUACAAUCUGGUCAUAGACCUUCUGGAUCCUGCUGCGAGGGAAGGCGCGCUUCUGGAGCUGAGCAAGAAGAGGGAGCAGUUCGAUGAGCUUGCACUUGUGCUGUGGCACUCUUUCGGAAUAAUGCCGGCUUUACUACAGGAGAUUGUCUCCGUAUACCCUCUUCUCUCGCCUCCCAACCUCACUGCUCAUGUAUCCAACCGAGUGUGCAACGCGCUCGCACUACUGCAGUGUGUCGCGUCACAUCCCGACACCCGACAACUCUUCUUGAAUGCUCAUAUACCACUUUUCUUAUACCCCUUCCUGAAUACCACUUCGAAGACUCGCCCCUUUGAGUAUCUCCGCCUUACUUCCCUUGGUGUGAUUGGGGCUCUGGUCAAACAAAACGACAAUAACACCGUCAUCCAUUUCCUACUAUCUACCGAAAUCAUUCCUCUCUGUCUCCGAAUCAUGGAAACCGGCUCGGAAUUGUCCAAGACCGUGGCCAUCUUCAUCGUUCAGAAGAUCCUCCUCGACGAGACAGGUCUCACUUACAUUUGUCAUACUUAUGAGCGAUUCUACGCGGUCGGCACUGUCCUGAGUAAUAUGGUGAAUCAGCUUGUCGAGACCCAGGCUGUUAGGUUGUUGAAGCACGUCGUGCGCUGCUAUCUGCGUCUGAGCGACAAUCUCAGGGCAAGAGAGGCGUUGCGAGCAUGUCUCCCUGAACCGCUUCGUGACAACACCUUUGCUGCCCUUCUCAAGGGCGAUAUGGUGACGAAGCGCUGCCUCACCACUCUCCUCAACAACCUGAACGAGUAAAUCUUCUCUCUAGGAUUCAUCAUAAAUGGACAAUGAAAGUUUAGACUUUGCGUGUUGUUACCCCUUUGCUCCCCGUCUGUUGCCUUUUUACUGGCGGACGCUAUCACCUGUAUGAUUUGCUUUAACGAAUUGGUCUCGAGGAAGAAAUGCUGCUGCUGCAUAUAAGUAUAAUGUAGAUAUCUCUCUCUGGAAUCUCUCCUUUCUUUGUAUUUUGUAGGCAGUUUAGGGUACGUCAAUAUUGUAAUUUCGAAUACGAGUAAAGAAGUAUAUAACAAUGCUUUUGGUACGUUUUCUGUCC